AUCAACUCCGUUUCGACACCGACGGAUCGACGAUCAUGAAUCUCACAAAUUCUCUUCUUAUCAAAUUCAGAGGUAAUUUUAUCACCACACCCUUCCUUCUUCACUCUAAUUUCUCCACGAAUCGAUCCAUGCUUCAUAAAAUCACCAACUUGAAUCAUGCACUCAACCUGUUCGAUGAAAUGUCACAGAGACGCCCUUUUCCAUCUGUUGUUCUGUUUAAUCAGUUGUUGACCUCUGUUACUAAAAUGAAACAUUUUUCUACCUCUCUUCAUCUUUUCAACCAAAUGUGUUCUCUUGGCCUUCCUGUUAGUAAUUACUCCGUAGCAUUGCAAUCAAUCCUAGGAAGCUGCUUUAGGCGAGCUAUUCCACCCAAUGUGUACAUAUAUAGUGCACUCUUAGAUGGACUCGUCCUUGAAGAUAGGAUUCUUGAAGCAGAGAUGUUAUUCAAGAAGCUCGUCAAACAAAAACUUUGUGAACCUAAUGUGGUUAUGUACAACACAAUGAUUAAAGGCCUUUGCAAGUUCAGCAAUAACGUUACAGCAGUUGCUUUGCUCAGGCUAAUGGAACAAACAAACUGCAAGCCUAGUAUUGUUACAUAUAACACCAUCAUUGAUAGUCUUUGCAAAGAUAAACUGAUUGAUGAUGCUUUCAAGCUCUUUAAAGAGAUGCUAUUUGAAAAAGGAAUUUUACCAAAUGUCAUUACCUACACCUCUUUAAUUCGUGGCCUUUGUAACUUAGGUCGUUGGGAUGAGGCCUCAAAGCUGCUAAAAGAAAUGGAGGAUGAUAACAUUUCUCCGGAUGUGCAGACCUUUAGUGUAUUAGUUGAUGCGUUUUGCAAGGAAGGUAAAGUAGAAGAAGCUGAGGCUGUUAUAAACAUCAUGAUUGAGAGAGGUAAGGUUCCAAACAUAGUGACAUACAACUCACUUAUUGAUGGCUACUGUCUGCGAGGGGAAAUGAUCAAAGCAAGGGAGAUUUUUGAUUCAAUGACACUUAGAGGUCUCGCUCCUAGUGUUGUUACUUACAGUAGUUUAUUGAAUGGGUAUUGCAAGAAUCUGAAUAUUGAGAAGGCUGUGCAAAUGUUUCAUGAAAUGUCUGGAAAAGGUUUAAAACCCAAUGUAGUCACUUACAACACCAUGAUACAAGGAUUUUUUCUGGUUGGGCGUUGUGUAGCUGCGCGCAGACUCUUUGAUGAGAUGUAUGCACAAGGCCAAAUUCCAAAUGAAUGCACUUAUCGAAUAGUUUUAGAGGGCUUUUGCAAAAACCGUCAAGUAGAAGAGGCUCUCUCUUUGUUUCAUUUGGUAGGUGAUGGCAAGCUUAAUUCUGAUAUUGCUGUGUACAAUAUCCUCAUCAAUGGUGCAGGAAAAUAUGGGAAAGUGGAUAUUGCAAAGAAUCUUUUCCAUGACCUAAUUGAUAAAGGCUUGCAACCUGAUGUUCAUACCUAUACUGUGAUGAUAAGUGGUUUUUGUCAGGAAGGUCUAUUGGGGGAGGCCAAGUUGUUGUUUCUUAAAAUGGACGAGAGUGGCUGCCCGCCAGAUGAUGUUACUUACUGUGUUUUACUCCAAGGAUAUCUAAAGAACAGGCACUAUGAUGAUGUGGAGAUGCUUUUACAGGAAAUGGAUGAUAGAGGUUACUCACUUGAUGCUUCAACUUUAUCGUUAUUUAUAGAUGAUAUCGCAGCUGGUUUACUAGAUAGAAGUAUGCUUAAGCUGUUAGGUAAGCUUGUGCCAAAAGAAUUAUUGAACGAUCCUAGCUUGUGCGACUAGGAAUGAAACUGAGGUAGUAAUUGUGGGAUGAAAAAUGAAGAUUAUAACUUGCAAAAUGCGGAUAGCAGGAAAUCUCUACCAAAUUCUAUUUGGUGUUCAUGUGUUUGGUUGUUAGACAUUUUCCAUUUAAUGAAUUCGUAACGCUUACACAAUUGUGUUUGUUGUAGUUCAGUGAUAUUCUGCUAGUUUGUAAAAGCUAGCCGCGACAUCUUCUUUGUGUUUUA